GGAGUUCAACCGGAGACCCCUCCCAUGAUGAACUUCGCCUCGGCAUCUUUUCUCCUAUUUUAAUGCCAAUUGCGCUGUCGCUUCAAUCUUUCCAUUUGAUUUGCAACAUAAUUCUCUUGAAUCAUAUACACAUACACAUAUACAAUGGCUGCUGAACGUAUUGGCUCAAUCAUCAAGCACUUGGCCCCUGGGUCAGCGCUUAACAGCAUCCAGUCCAAGAACCCCGACGAUAUCGUCAUCACUCUCGCCGUGCGAACACCGCUCACAAAGGCCAAGAAGGGCGGCUUCAAGGACACAUCACUUGAAUACAUGGUCUAUGCUAUUCUGAAGCAAGUCCGAGAACGAUCGAACCUUGACCCUGCCCUUGUUGAGGAUAUCUGCCUCGGAAACGUCUCUGAUGUCAAGGCCGCCUACAAGGUCCGCGCCUCUGCUCUUGCAGCUGGUUUCCCCAACACCGCCGGUGCCUCUUCCAUCAACCGAUUCUGCUCCUCCGGUCUCAAGGCCACCGCCGAUAUCGCCCACUCCAUCUCCAAUGGCUCCAUCGAAGUCGGUAUCGCCAUGGGUGCCGAACAGAUGUCCAUCGGUGGCGACGCGCUUGACAAGCCCUUCGACGAGGCCGUUACAUCACAAAGCCAGGAGGCUGUCGACUGCAUGCAGCCCAUGGGUUGGACAAGCGAGAACGUGAGCAAGGACUUUGGCGUUACCCGUGAGAUGAUGGACAAGUUCGCCGCCGGAAGCUUCCAAAAGGCUGAGGCUGCGCAAAAGGCUGGUUGGUUCGCAGAUGAGAUUGUGCCCAUUACCACCAAGGUCAAGGGCCCCGAUGGCCAGGAGAAGGAGGUCACUCUUACACAAGAUGAGGGUAUCCGACCCGGUACCACUGCUGAGAGCCUCUCCAAGAUUCGCGCUGCUUUCCCUCAAUGGGGUGGCGCCACCACCGGCGGUAACGCCAGUCAGAUCACCGACGGAGCUGCCGCCGUGUUGUUGAUGAAGCGAUCUACUGCCAUUAAGCUGGGUCAGCCUAUCAUGGCUAAGUAUGUUGGAUCUACUGUUGCUGGUCUUGCCCCUCGUAUCAUGGGUAUUGGCCCCAGCGUCGCCAUUCCCAAGCUCCUCGCCCAGCACAACAUCUCCAUGGAUGAUAUUGAUAUCGUCGAGAUCAACGAGGCAUUUGCUUCCAUGGCUGUUUACUGCCAGGACAAGCUUGGCCUCACAUCAGAAAAGCUUAACCCCCGUGGAGGAGCUAUUGCUCUGGGCCACCCCCUGGGUGCUACUGGCGCCAGACAGAUUGUGACAGGUUUGGCUGAGUGCAGGCGGCAGAAGAAGAAGAUGCUUCUGACAAGCAUGUGUAUCGGCACAGGCCAGGGCAUGGCUGGUCUGUUCGUGAACGAGCAGGUCUAGAGCGGUCAAUGCAUAACCAGGUGCUGGAUUAUUAAUUAUGUAACAACGACAGAUCUCGAUACGAUCUACGAGUCGGUUGGAGAUACGAUAUCCUGAUGAGCGAGAAUACUGGAUUUGAAAGCAUAAAAUGUUGUUCCUUUUUUAGCAUUAUUGAGAUUACAAAAAUACAUAUUGGUGAAACCUUCUAUCAGAGCUAUUUACCUUUUAAGAAGAUCAAACUGAGUUGUCUCAUCGACGUGUCAAGCUAUCGGGGCCGAUUACAAAUGAUCAUGAACUUUGAAGUCAUUUAUUUCGCGGCCAAAGUCGGGUUCAACAGCAGCAACUUGACCACCCCAAAAGUCGCUACACAGUCCGUGCAGUUGCAGGGAUCGCUGAACAACACGAGGUUGGCCAUUCGCUGACGUUCCUUGAAGCGGUUGUGGUCACCCCGCCAGAGCUUAGAAGUCACCCGGAGGCUUUUGCUCUGAUGUCACUGAAGGGUCCCCCCGUAAGCGGUCAAAGAUGGGCAUCCUACAGCCAUUGCGUGGGU